CACACAGAAUUCCGCGGAAAACAUUCAACUGUUUCGAAAGCGACGCUUGAUUUAUUCAAUUAAAUAGUGCGCAAAUUGUAGAACAAGCCUGGUUGCGCUGGCAUUGAAUGUCCAAAAACGAAUUGGAGCAACUUGCAAUGCGAGAUGGACCUGCAACAGUUCCUUUCCCUGGAACGCCAGCAACUGCAAAAGGAUCGCCAGCGCCUGGCCACCCAAAAUCCUUGCCCCGCCGCCCUGCUGAAAUGCCCUGACUUUAAAGUGCAAUGUCGCAGGGCCAAGGAGUUUAAGGAGUCCACGGAGUCCAAUGAACCCGGCACACAAUCAUCUUCCUUGGCAACCGGCGUCCAAAACGAAGAACUUCACUUGGACUUCCAACUGGUGGGGGAGGGGGAGGGGAAUGAGGAGCUUCCGGAGGAGGAGGUGGUGCCUUCCAACCCCUCGAAAUCCACCAAGGAAUUUGCGAAUCAACGCCAGCUGCUCGUCGGCAGUGCUCGCCAGUACAAGUCGCCAGAUGCGUCGGUGCGGCGCAGUUUGGAGAACGAGCGACCGCUCAGUGAGAACCGUUUCCCAAUCCGUCGGUCGGAUGAUAUGGAGCAAUGGGUUACGGAUACAUUUUAUUCGUACUUUCCCGGCUUUAACAAUGAAAAUCAGAAGCGGCAGAAUUAUUUGCGUGAGCGACAGCGCGAGAACCAGCAGAACUUUCUCAAGCACCAGAUGCUCCAUCCGCCGGUCACUAAGCAUCCGCGACAGGGACAAGUGAGGAAGACAUCCCAACCCCCUGCGGUUCCGGCCCAAAACCGCUCCAGCCAAUCUAGCACCAGCACCUCUAACCAUAGCACAACGGAUAAGACUGACUUAGAGUUAAUUGUAAAUAGUAAUCCCAACUAUGUGCCGCCCAAGAUUCGGCCCGGCACAACGCGUCAAAAACUCCUGCACGAUCUGGGACAUGUGGAGCUCUCCAAUAUUGUAACAGGGGAUGGUAUUAUGGAGCGCAAUCUGCGGAGUGCCGAGCUGGAAACAGCUCGCAAAAAGGACUACCAGCGGGAUUUAAUGCAGCAAAUCGAUGAAAAACGUCGCUCCAUAGAAUUGAUAAGGGAAAAAGAGCGCCGUCAGGAGGAGGCAUUAACCAGGCGACUGGAGGCUCAGUUGAAGACAAUACAGUUGGAAGAGCAGUUGGAAAAGGAGCGUCUGCGAGCUGAAAGGGCUCGCAUCGACUCGGAACAGAACCGCUUGAUGCGCGAACAGUUGUUGGCCAAGCUGGAACAGGAUGCCCAGUUGCUGCAAGCCAAGGAGACCAACAAUCUAGCCGACACGCCCAGGACAUCGCGCAUUAAAGGCAAACCCUACAACGCCAGUAAUAUCAGCACAGAAAGCAACGCCAACCGGGUGUACAAAUACUUCAGCAACUCGGCUCAUCACGAGUACAGACGUGGUCAGCCCUUGCCGCCGGCCGUUGAACUGGACUUUGAGGUGCCCCAAAUGGCCAAGAUCGAGCGCGAGUGCUUCCAUCUCUGCGAUAAAAUUUGUCCGCUCUGCGAUGAGCCCCUCAAGAGCUACGAGAGCUGCUGUCUGCGAUGCCAGCGGAAAUUGGCUGUAAAACUUAAGCAAAAGGAGACCAAGCGGAAUGGAGAAAAUGGAGAAAAACGUGAAGAAGAUUCAGAGGAGGGAAAGGAGGAGAAGGAGGACCGGGCUGAAGAUCGGGAGGAGGAACCUAACCAUAACUGCCAGAGCAGCUACGCCCUGGUGUGCCACAAAUGCGAGCGACUGUAUGCCAUGUGCACCCAGUGCCUGGCCAAAAGCGAUGUCUGCCGGGCGUGCCAGCGGGAGCGAAAUGUCUGCAUGAACUGUCGCCGCAAUCUGUGCUCGUUUUGCCUUGAGGAAGUUGCCUGCGGCAGGGACACGGAACGCACGCAUGUUAAUGACAAGGAAACCACCAGGGAGCCGCCUUCAAACGACGCUUUUACAGUUCUGGAACUAAACUAUUCUGUACCACCAGCUAAAGAUUCCACGGCCGGUCUAUCCGAUGUGUCGCCUCCGUACUCCGUUAACAUAGCGCGCAACUCGGUUUUCCAUGCCGACUAUAAGGCUACGCCCGUGAAGCCGUCUGUCCUCGAACAGCUGGCAACGACCUCGGGGAGUGCCAACACCAGUCUCGAGGUAGAUAGCGCCGAUGAGCAGGCUGUGGAGCGACUGCGUCGUCAAACGGAUCAGCGGUUGUCCCGCUACCUCAAGAAUUACGGCGAUCUGGCCACCAAACAGCGCCAGAAGGUGCAGCAGAUGGAGUUGCAGCGGAGCAAGAGCGAGUCCCGUCAUCGGGGCACUCAAACGACGCCACAGUCGUUGGCCAGAAGGGAUGUUGUGCUCAGGGAGGCGGCUGGCCACAAUCUCUCAAUGCCUCUGCUUCGCGAGAUGCCCAAAAUGACGCGACAGGAGACGGGUGCACCCUUGGCUGAAAAUGGCCAGCGCAAGAUUGACAAUUUAAAAAAGCGCUGGGAGGUGCCUGCCGUGCAAAAGUUCACCGUUUCAACAUCAUCGCCUAAAAUCUUAACCCAAGUGGGAGCCAUAAGAAAACAGUUGCAGGCGGCGAGAUUCUUUGAUGAUGAAGUUGAUCCGGAAGACUAUUAAGAAUAAGUUAAACAAAAAUUAUUGGAUUGACUUCUCUUUUUAUCCGAGCAAAACGAAUUUAAUUCUUUUUGAUGUCUUCACAUUCUAAAACAUUUGCCAUUAUUAUUUACUCGAAUUUCAUUUUGUAAACAACUCAUGUAGUUAUAGCUUUAUAGUAAGCUGAUUCCAAGUGCUUCGGCUGUAUCAUUCAGCGACUUUAAUACAUAAGACAUACAGUUUGUUAACGUUUAUUGUUCUUUUUUACGGAAAUUUAUUAACUACGAAUGUGUUAAUUAAAAGAUCAUUAAACCAAACUUGCCUAAACUA